UUUCUUCGGGCCCCCUUAGGCGUCCGAGGAGCCCUGGGGGGAUCCAAGUGGGACCUGGGGGUGGGGGAGCGGUGGCGGCUGGAAGUUAGGAGAGCCUGGCUCACAGCCCAGCCUGGCCGCUGCUCUGUGACCUUGAGCCGGAGACCCAUCUUCCCUGGGCCACAGCGGCCCUGCCAGGGCGAUUAAGGAGUGGGAUUCCAGCCCUGAAACAAACAGGAAGUCGGAGGCCCAGAGACCAGCCCCGCUCAGGGAUACCCAGCCGCGGGGGUGCUGCUGGGGCUUCCACACGUUGCCCAACUGGGCACCGGGACUUAGCACGCAAAGCCCCAGACCUAGAUACAUGCCCUGGGGUCCCUGCGCGCCUGCGACUCCUGGGGGUGACGGGCCCACCACCUCCCUCCUCCCGGCGUGGGAGUGGGAGCAGACCCUGACCUGUGGCCCGUGCUGCUGUGCCGCAGUGGGGGCCUGGGGGUGGGGGGUCACUUCAGCUUGAGACUUGUCCCCUCUGCUGAGGCUGGGGUCACGCUGCUUGCAAUCAUGGAAAUAGACAUCCUUUGGGGACCAGCCCCUCCCCAGAGACGCGGUCCAGCCCGGGUAGCCGGUGCUCGGCACAGGUGGCUGUGUGGGCUGUGCCGGCUGAGGGACCUCAGAGGCAGCGUCUGCACAGCCGUCUCUGGGCCCAGGAAGCCGAGGCAGGGAGUCGGGGCUGCCUGGCUGGAAGGGGAGCCAGGCGGGAGCCCAGGGCCCUGCCCAGCCCUGGGGACUUGCUGGGGGUCGCUUCUGUGGAGGAGGAAUCAAGCCGAGUGGCUGAGCCCUAGGCGCUGUGUUGUGGGGCCUGAGGAGCCCACUCCUGCAGCCUGUCCCGAGCCCCCCCACGAGCAUGGCCCAGAUGGAGGUGGGGACCGUAGGCCCGGGAGCCCCGGGGCUGAGUGUGAAGUGACCCACCAGUUCGGGCCCGUGCCGCGCCACUGUAACUCGGCCAGCUGGUGGCCCUGCGGGUUCAGGCUGGAUGGGGGAGUCAGGCUUGCGGGCUCGCCCCUCCCUGCCUCAGUUUCCCAUUCUGCACAGCAAGGGGCUUUGGACUGCCUCCCACUCUUUCUAGGCCUUUGACUUGCAUGGACCCCACUGGACCACCAAAGAGUUAAGCCAAGGAAAUCCUGGCGCUGGGCUCCCGGCUCUCCGCAGAGCCCAGUGGCUGGGCUGUGGGGAGGGACAGGGAGGAGGGGGAAUGGGAAGCCAGCUCAGCCGCUCCCUCCGCCUCCCUUGUGCCGUCCUCCCGCCCUCCUCAGCGGGGCUGGGGGUCCGGGCCAGCAACAAGUUCUUGUCACGGACAUGGGCCAAGGAGCCGGGGGCCACCCGGAGACCCAGGGUCGGUGAGCCACCUGCGAGGCUGCAGGACACGGGGUCACCAUGGGGACAGCCGCCCUGGGUCCCCUCUGGAUGGUGCUGCUGCUCCCUCUCAUGGUGUGCGGGGUCCCCACCGAGGAGCCCACGCCUGCGGGAGCUGUGAUCUCCACCCCUGCCGGGGGCUGCCGGCGGUGCUGUGACCCCCAGGGCCCCCAGGCCGAUGCCGCCGACGUGGCCCCCGCCUCUCCGUCGGCCCUCCCAUACGUGCUGCCCGAGGUCCGGCCCUACAUCAACAUCACAAUCCUGAAGGGUGACAAAGGGGACCGAGGCCCGCUGGGCGCCCCGGGGAAGCUGGGCAAGGAGGGUCCCCGGGGGGACCGCGGCCCGCAGGGCACCAAGGGCGCCAAGGGGCAGGCGGGCAGCCCCGGCGGGCCGUGCCAGCGGCGCUUCUCGGCCUUCUCGGUGGGCCGCAAGACGGCCCUGCACAGCAGCGAGGGCUUCCAGCCGCUGCUCUUCGACACGGUCUUCGUGAACCCCGACGGGCACUUCGACAUGGCGGCCGGCCACUUCGCCGCGCCCCUGCGGGGCCUCUACUUCUUCAGCCUCAACGUGCACAGCUGGAACUUCAAGGAGACCUACGUGCACGUGGUGCACAACGACGCGGCGGCCGUGAUCCUGUACGCGCAGCCCAGCGACCGCAGCAUCAUGCAGAGCCAGAGCGUGAUGCUGGCCCUGGCGCCCGGCGACCGUGUGUGGGUGCGGCUCUUCAAGCGCGAGCGCGAGAACGCCGUCUACAGUGACGACGUGGACACCUACAUCACCUUCAGCGGCCACCUCAUCAAGCCCGAGGACGACUGAGCGCCGCCGGGCAGCGCGGGUGCUGGUGGCUGGGGCUGGGCCUCCUCCCUCCUGACCCCCGCCACGCCCCUGCCUCUGUUCCUGUCCUCUCUCUCCCUUCCCUGCAUAUUUCCGUCUUUCUGCCCUACGUAUUCUAGAAUGUUCUCCACCUUACAGCCCCGGGCCUCUCCUGCUUGCCGAUGUGCAGCAGCGGGCUCUGACCCAGCAGGUUGGGGCGGGGCCUGGGACCGUGCAUGUCCCACAAGUUCCGGGGUGACGCUCCUGUAACCAGGUUCUAGAACUUUCCCAACACCUACAUCUCUGAACAUUCUGGAAUCUUCCAGACAUUCUAGGAUUCUCCUCCCCCUCCUCUCUCGUCCUCCCGUCUGCAGCCACCGUCCAUGCUUUCAUUUACCAAACAGUCCCCGAUGGUGCCAGGGCCUGGGAGGGCGGGGAGGAAUCAGACCCCGCCCCUGCCCCCGCCCUUGGGGGGUGCGCAGUCCAGCCUGGGCUAGGGAUGGGAAGAUUAGGAAGCAAACCCAGAGAGCACACGGGGCGCCCUCAUCCUGAGAGGCCGGUCGCUGUGCACCCCCGUGCCCCAGAGCCGGUCCCUGUGAUGAGGGCUCCUUGUCCUCUUUAAAGGAAGCCCCGCAGUGGCCUUGGCUGGGUCAAGGGCUGUAAGGAGCGGGCCCAGGAGUUUGCGGGCAUUCAGGCUAAAGUUACAGAGCCCAGACUCCUUGCUCCUCACACCGCUGGUGGCUGCAAGGGCUCCUGCCCUCCUCACCGCAUCCCCUCCUUGCUCCUCCUCCCCCCCACCAGGUGCUCUGCCGGGGCCUUGCUCAGCCCCUCCUGCCAAAGGCAUCUGAGCCUCAGUUUCCCCAGGGCCUCCUCUCAGGUCACACAUGGGUGCUGUUUCCAGGUGCUCUCCAACCCUCCCCCGCCCUGUCACUGGCCAGGCUCUCCUCAAGGUGCUAAGGCCCAGGUGGGUGGUUUCUGCCCGCAGAGCCCUUCUCCGGCCUGGCGCUGCCCUUGCACAAGCCAGCGGGUGAUGGGCCAGCUCGGGCGGGAACCCCCACCUGUGGGGCCCUCAGCAGGUCUGGGGGAGAGCAGCAGGCAGUGUCCCCCUUCUGUUAGGGGCCUUCCUUUGAGGCUCCCCGCCCAGAGAGGCCCCGGGAGAGGCCGAGGGGAGGCGGGAACCCCACGCCUUCCGUCCUUCUCCCUCUCCCAGGGUGGGGGGAACGGCGGCCCCCAGCCCCUCCCCCACCCCGGGUGGCCUGACCUCCCCAGAGCAAGGUGGCGGCUGCCCUCGGUGCUUAUGCAGACUCUGGGCAGAGGCGGCCCCAGUGUGUGCGUGCGGGGGGGGGGUGUCUCUGGUGCUCACAGCCAAGGGAGCCACGCCACGUGGCCGGGGCCGGCAGCAGGGCCUGCCACGAGCCACGAAGCCCGGUGCUAUAUAAGCUGCCCAGCCCGACCCCACGCGCCCGCUUGUCCAGUGUGAUUAAAGGCUGCUGCAUCCCCCCGU